CACCAUUGUUGUUGCAUCAGCUAAAUUUGGAGCGGCUCGUCGAGAUCGGGGGCUUUUUUUCCUGCCGAGGCCCAGUCGCGAUUCGCAGCCGUUCUGGAAGCUUCCCCGGCGCUGUCUCCUAAAAAUAGAUAUACACGGUGCGUUCGCAAUUUCGAAUCCGACCCUAACCCAGUCUGCGCUCGAAGGGCUCGCGAAGGGCCUCCAUUGCGAUAGCGAAAGCUCGGACAGAGGCUCUCCUCUCCUACGAUACUCUCGCUCUCAUCUCGCGAGCAAUUGCGUAAAUCCAAUAACAAGUCUCGAUAUAUAUACCUAUCGAGAGAGCGAAGAGAUCCGGCGACCUUGAUAGCAGCAGUCGCCGUCGUGCAAAUCCGGUGAGGAGGGAAAAAGAGGUGUACGAUCAUGGAGAAGAGUGGGAGUAAACUAGAGGCAGCGGAUAGCAACGGCUCGGCAAUCGUAGGAACCGUUGCCACGCCAGCAGCGGCCACAGCUUUUGAUCGAGCGACGACCGAGCCCGCAGUGGUAGUGCCCAGCUACAAACCCUUGCCUGACGAGGAUACCAAUUGGAAAGCCAAAGCCAACUCCGUCACCAUCGACAUGGGUAAGCUCAACGGAUCGGCCGAUCAGGCCGAGGCGGUCGACGACGGCGCCACCGAGAAAAUGCUCAAGGACGAUGUCAAACUCACCAUUGUACCGAGCAGCAAAGAUGAUGCUGGGGUCAAAUUUAUUCCUGAGAAUGGAGAUGCUAAAAUUGAUAUUGACUCGGUUAAACAAACAUUGUCAGGAAUGGGAAAAGCAGAACUGAUGAAGUAUGCAAAUGAUCCAUUUUGGAUUAGGUUGAGAAUGUUUUUAUUUCUUGCAUUCUGGGUGCUAUGGGUAGCGAUGCUUGCUGGAGCUAUUGCUAUAAUUGUGUGGGCACCAAAGUGUCCUGCACCAGAGCCUAGAAAGUGGUGGGAAGAAAGUCCUAUGAUAGAAAUAAACCACAAGGAAUUUGCUAAAUAUCAGUCAGAAGCUGAAGUAUUUUUGGAUGAUUUGCAAAAGCAAAAUAUUAAAUCUUUAUGUUUGGGAUCUGUGUUGGAAGAAUCUUCUCCAGGACUUACAACAAACUUCACAUUCCUGAGUGAAAGAUUUUCAACGAUGGCAAGUUUUGGUACCUUUAUGUCUCAAGCAACUGCAAAAGGAAUUAAUAUCGUAAUAGAUAUUGAUCCCAACCACUCAUCCAAUCAACAUCCUUGGUUCAAGAAAUCAAUAGAAAAAGAUGGAAAUUAUUCAUCUUACUAUGUGUGGGCUGAUGGAAAACCAAAUCCAGAAGGUGGAUUUUUACCACCAAACAAUUGGGUUAGUGUAAAUGGUGGGUCAGCAUGGACAUAUAAUGAAAAGAGAGGUCAAUUUUACCUUCACCAAUUCAAUGCUUCUCAACCUGAUCUAAACUACAAUAAUUCUCAAGUCAUUGAAGAGUUUAGCAAAACAUUGAAAUUCUGGAUGAACCUGGGUGUGACAGGGUUCAGAUUAGCUAACACUCGUUACUUAUAUGAAGAUACAGAUUUGAAGGAUGAUAAACCUGGCCAAUUUUAUCCAGCUGAAAAAGAUAAUUAUGAUUCUCUUCUUCAUGUUAAUACCAGAGAUCAUUCACAAAAUGCAGUAUUACUAAAUUUGUGGAGAAAUGUCGUUCUAGAGCACACAAAUCAAGAAGGAUUAUUCACCUUAAUUGAAGAAGUUGGCAGUGAUACAUUACAACAAAACAAAAUGGAAAAAACUGUUAUUGAUUUACCAAAGAGUGUCAAAUCUCUUUCAAAGAUAGCCUCUUCCAUCAAUGCAACACAAUUAAAUCAAACUGUUUCUGAUAUGUUAUCAUCUUCUACAUGGCCAGCUGUCGACUUCAGCAAUAAUAACCACAUGAAACAACGAACUCCUGAAGACACAGCCCUCAUUUAUAUGGCUAUGCUUCUCCCCGGCACUCCAAUUUUGAAUAUUAAUGAUUCUCUUCCGUACAAAGAAUCUUUUGCUAAACUAACAAAGGCUCGACAAAAUGUUCAAUUCCAACAUGGAAAAACAUCAACAUAUGUUCUGAAUAACGGAACUGUAUUCUCUUACACACGUAAUUUGGUAAAGGUUGGUAAUCCUGGAUAUGUAGUUAUUUAUAACAGUGAUAUCCAGAAUAAAACUGUGGAUAUAAGCUCGUUUGACCAAAUUGCUGAUAGUAUUGAAGUCCUUGCACUGAGCCCUAAUCACUUCCCCAUUACCGAAAUGCCACAAAAAUUGAAGUCAGAUACUAUAUAUAUGGCACCAAAGAGUACUUUUAUAGGGGAGUACAUAGUUCAAAAAUCAGCAGAAUAAUUAUUUUCUGCCACAUUCCAAAUGUUAUUAGCAUAAAAUAUGCUAAGCUUUAUUUUUUUUGUCUUUAUCAUCUAAUGAACACAAACCAAAAACUUUAUUUUCAAUGAAUUGGAAUGUUUACGUCCAGUUCAAAUGCUAAUGAAUAAAUUUUUCCUUAACAUGUCAAAAA